AUAAUCAUUAAUCAAAAUAAAAUAGCAUACGUUUUUUAAAAUGAUUUACUGUUCUUUUUCUGAAUAAAAUCAAAUUGAAAAUAAAAAAUUAAUUGAAGAUUAUAAGUUAUAAUUUAAACAUGCUCUUAAGGAAUACAAAACCUAUUCCCGAUCAACAUAAAUUUCAAACCACAGAUAGUUGGACGGAUGCACUGCCUGUUUGCAAACAAUCCGCUGUAGGUUCAUCAACUAAUCAAAUAUAUCGUGAAGAUGGUAGCCGCGAAGAAGAACAUCCUUUUGAAGACAAAAGUUUUCACUGUAUUGUUAACGAUUCUACAUAUUUUUACGGUGUAUUUGAUGGUCAUUUCGGUUCGAAAACUGCAACUUUUGCUUUACAACGUAUGGCAGCUGAAAUAUUAUUGGGUGAAUUAAGUGGAAAAAGUACAGACGAAGAAAUCAAAGAUGUUUUAAGACAAGCGUUUUUUUCGGUUGAAAAGGGAUAUAUGGAUUCAAUAGACAGUAUCUUAGCGGAACGUGCAAGUCUUUUAUAUGAAAUUCCUGAUGGUUUAUCAUCAUAUGAGGCUUAUGAAAAAUAUCCGCGAGAAAUGGAACGAUUAGAUCUUUUAAAUUGUGAAUUGUCAUCUGGAACAUCCGCCGUCAUUGCCCUAAUCCACAAUGGUAAAUUGUAUGUGGCAAAUGUUGGUAAUUGUCGUGCUUUACUAUGUAAAACAGAUGUGAAUUCUGUUCUUCGAGUUGUCCAGCUAAGUGUGGAUCACGAUUUAAGAAAUGAAGAUGAAUUAUUAAGACUUUCUCAGCUGGGAUUAAACACAGAUGAAUUAAAAAGAGGGACCGUUGUUGGCAAUCAAGAAAAUACACGAUGCUUAGGCAAUUUUCUUGUUAAAGGUGGUUAUAGAGAAUUUCAAAGUUUAAGUUCUGCUACAUCUGAACCAGUUAUUGCUGAACCAGAAAUCCUUGGUGGGAUAGUUAUUGAUGAGUCAUGCAGAUGUUUAUUGUUAAUGUCUGACGGGCUUUACAAAUCGUUAGAAGAGGCUACAAGUUCAGAUCAAGUGAACAAAGAUAUUGCUCAAUUGGUUGUUAGCGAGUUUCGUGUACAAUCAACAUUAACAGGAGUAGCUCAAGCAGUUGUCGAUAAAACAGUUCGUGUACAUCAUGAUUUUGCUAUGUCAGUAUCAGGAUCAGUAUCAGUAUCAAAACGUGAUGAUAUCACAUUGUUAAUAAGAAAUUUUAAUUUUGCAUUACCAAAUGCUAAACAAUCUCCAAUCAAUCCAACUGUUCGAUUUAAUCCUCAUGUAGAUGCGCAAACAAUGAAUACAUUGACUUCUGUAAACAAUUCAAUAAUCAACUCUAUAGACACAACAAUUAGUAAUUCUUUUCAAUCAGAUCAGACUGAUCCUGACACUGAUCCUGAUCCUGAUCAUAUCGAUGCUAAUCAAUUAACUAAUAAUAAUAAUCGUCGAAUACCAUCUUAUGUUGAUUUCAGUUUGUAUUUUAAAAAUGUUGAAAUUGCUAAACAAAAUGGUACUUUACCUCCUGGAAUUGAUUUUGAUUAAUUCAUUUAUUUAUUGUAAAUAUGUAUGUCUUCUAUGUAAGAUUGUAAAUAUACCAAAACUAACUGAUUUAAA